CACAAGUUUUCGCCUGCUCGUCUUCGUUGUCGGAUUAAAAAAACAAGAUUGUGAAAAAUUUCAAGUAGUUUAGCGGCGUUAAAAUUGUUUUAAACAAAAAGUGCAAAAAAUACAAAACACAAUAAGAAAAAUAAUAAAAAAAUUAGAAAAUAAUAUAAACAUAAUAUAAUACUAUUUAUAAAAACAUAUAAAAACCUUUUGCGAAAAAAGCGCAGACGCAAACGACGCCUGUUAAAAUUGUUGCUUGACAGGAGAAUUUUUUUACGAAAACGAGUAAAAAAAAUAGUUUUUUUAUUCGAAAAAAAAACCAAGAAAGAAAAAGUUUCUGUGUGAUUUAAAGUGUGCAUUUUUUCUUAAGUUUAUUUAUAUUAAAAAAAUUUACCAACAAAAUGGGUUGCGCCGUAAGUACUGCGCGAGAUAAGGAAGCAAUUGAACGUUCCAAAAGUAUUGAUCGGGCUUUGCGUGAAGAAGGCGAGCGUGCCGCAUCUGAGGUGAAAUUGUUACUUUUGGGCGCCGGUGAAUCUGGUAAAUCGACGAUAGUUAAACAAAUGAAGAUUAUUCAUGAAUCUGGUUACUCACAGGAAGAAUGUGAAGAAUAUCGUCGAGUCGUCUAUAGCAAUACAAUACAAUCCCUUAUGGCAAUUAUACGUGCAAUGGGUCAUUUGAAAAUUGAUUUUGCUGAUCCCUCAAAAACGGAAAUAGCACGACAAUUCUUUACAUAUGCCUCAGCGGCUGAAGAAGGUAUUCUCCUACCCGAAUUAGUAUUAUUAAUGAAAAAACUAUGGUCUGAUGCCGGUGUUCAACAGUCAUUUUCACGGUCCCGAGAAUAUCAAUUAAACGAUUCGGCGGCCUAUUAUUUAAAUUCAUUGGAUCGUAUAUCACAGCCAAACUAUAUACCAACACAGCAGGAUGUGUUACGUACGCGCGUUAAAACAACCGGCAUUGUGGAGACACAUUUCAAGUGCAAGGGUUUAUACUUUAAAAUGUUUGAUGUUGGCGGCCAACGAUCAGAACGUAAAAAAUGGAUACAUUGUUUUGAAUGUGUCACUGCGAUUAUCUUUUGUGUAGCAUUGUCGGGCUACGAUUUAGUUUUAGCUGAAGACGAAGAAAUGAAUCGUAUGAUUGAAUCGUUAAAACUUUUCGAUUCCAUUUGUAAUUCGAAAUGGUUUGUAGAAACCUCUAUAAUAUUAUUUUUAAACAAAAAGGAUUUGUUUGAAGAAAAAAUCAAAAGAUCUCCCUUGACAAUAUGUUUUCCAGAAUAUACUGGUUCCAAUACAUUCGAAGAUGCUGCCUGCUAUAUACGCAUGAAAUUCGAAAGUCUAAAUAAGCGUAAGGAUCAAAAAGAGAUUUAUACACAUUUUACCUGUGCCACCGAUACAAAUAAUGUACAAUUUGUCUUUGAUGCCGUCAGUGAUGUCAUAAUUAAAAAUAAUCUUAAAGAAUGUGGUUUGUUCUAGAUUCGUUGUUAAUCGAAAGCAAAUUAGAAGUUUAUUUUUAUUACAUUUAGGAAUACAUAGUAUAUUUUCUAUUAUUUUUUUUACAUUCAUAAACGCAUCAUACAACAUACAAAACUGAAUUAACGCAUAUGCAAUCAAUCAUCAUUCCGUAGAUUUUUUUUAAAUUAUAUGUGUUUUUUUGUUUGUAAAACAAUGCAAUGCAUUCGUAGCAGAUCAUUACACAGAGAUUUCUUGAGAGAAACAAAACAACAAACAUUUCCAUUUAUAAAAAUAAAUUUAGACAAGAAUACAACAAACUGCUUUUUAGCAAUUCCAUUAUAAUUUAAUGAAACUAUUAAAUAAAAUAUUUUAUACAUAUUUUACUAAUAUCUAACAAGAAAUAAAGCUGUGAAGAAUUAAAAUU